AAUUUCACACAAUGUUGCCUUGCAAACUCCAAACAUCAGCAGGCCAAAUUUGUCUACAAACCACAACCACCUAAUAUAAAUCCAUGCUUUUCUCUUCAGCAACACAUCAACUUUAGUUCCACAAUGACGACUCUUAAAACCAUCCUCCUCUUUGCCUUCUUGCUUAUUGUGUCCCCUCUCAUCGCCAAUGCAAGCGACCCUGAUAUUCUCACCGACUUCAUUAUCCCACAAAACCUGACGCUCCCAAUGAUCAAUGGAAGCUUCUUCACUUUCAGUGGCAUGCGCAUUCUUUUUGAUGAUAAUGGCCCUGUACCCGAUUCCUUCACUGCAUAUAAAGCCUCUGCCUCUGAAUUCCCUGCACUUUUGGGUCAAAGUGUUUCCUUUGCUGUCCUGAUUUUCCCUUCAGAAACUGUAAACCCUCCCCAUACUCACCCGAGGUCUGCUGAGCUACUGUUUUUGAUUAAUGGAAUGUUGGAUGUGGGUUUUGUGGACACUGCGAAUAAUUUGUAUACGCAAACAUUGGAGCCUGGUGAUAUGUUUGUGUUUCCGAAAGGAUUGGUGCAUUUUCAGAAUUGUAAAGGGAAAGAACCAGCUAUUGCUAUGUCUGCUUUUGGGAGUGCAAGUGCAGGGACUGUGUCGAUUCCUAAAACUGUGUUUGGGUCAGGGAUCGAUGAUGAGGUAAUAGCUAAAUCGUUGAAAACUGAUGCGGCUACGGUGCAAAAGAUUAAGGCUGCCCUCCCACCUCCCCCUAAAAAAAUUGAUGUGAGGCUAUAACUUUCAUGGGCUCUUUGAUUGCGAGAAGCAAAAAAGGCGGCAUCACAUCAAAUGCGGGGCGCUUCGCCACCGCUACACAUGAGGUGCAGUGAAACGCUCG